AUGUGUUCACAUGGACAUUCUCAUAACUGUGCAGCGGAGCACAUUCCGGAAGUCUCCGGAGACGACGUGCACCGAUACGAUAUGGUCAGUUACAUUGAUAUGGAAAGGGUGACAACUCUGAAUGAAUCAGUGGAUGGCGCCGGAAAGAAAGUUUUCAAAGUGAUGGAAAAUCGAGAUGACAAAACUGAAUUUGUGGAAAGUGAUUGUGAUCAUGAACUUCUCUUCAAUAUUCCGUUCACAGGACAUGUACGUUUGACCGGUCUCUCGAUAAUCGGAGAUGAAGAUGGAUCACAUCCCGCAAAAAUUCGUUUAUUCAAAGAUCGAGAGGCAAUGGCAUUUGACGAUUGUAGUAUUGAGGCAGAUCAGGAGAUUGAUUUGAAACAAGAUCCACGCGGACUUGUUGAUUAUCCAUUGAAAGCUUCGAAGUUUGGAAACGUUCAUCAUUUGUCAAUUCUAAUCGCUGCUAAUUUCGGAGAGGACGAGACAAAAGUGUAUUAUAUCGGACUACGUGGAGAAUUUCAGCAUGAAUUCAGACAAAGAGUUGCAAUUGCAACAUAUGAAUCACGCGCGCAGUUAAAAGAUCACAAGAACGAAAUUCCGGACGGCAUCACAAAAAGCCUCUUCUAA